CCUCUCUUGACAACCAUUGCAGGUCAUGACACCAAACAUGAUUCGACUCUUUGUUCUGGCCUUUAUUGCUGUUUCUGUUAGUGCGUUGCGCUUCGACUUGCUUGCCACAUCUGGUCAAGGCACUCGGAAGUGUAUUGACCAAUACGUUCACAAGAACACUCUGGUGUCGGGUAUUGUGGAUGUGCCUGCUAGAGAUAGUCAGCGAGUGGAUGCUGAGAUUAUCGACGACACUGUUAAUCAAAGCAAACAUUGGAGUAGACCCAACAUCGUUGGAGAGCACAAGUUUUCGUUUACUGUCCAUGAAGAUGCUUACUUGCGGUUCUGUUUCACCAGCACUCUUCCCAAUGACGUAGCUCCAGGACCAGAUGUAAAGCGCACAGUUUUUCUUCGUCUUGAUAUGGGUGCUGAAGCGAAACAAUAUGUGGCAGAAAUGGAAGUAGGAAAACUCGAACCUAUCGAGAUCGAGCUUCGUCGACUCGAGGAAAUGGCCCGAGAAAUCAUCAACGACUUUCUCUUUUUGGAGGACCAGGGAAAUUCCAUGCACAAUGUCAACGAGUCUACACUCGAUCGAGUGAGCGGCUUGAGUACAUUUACUAUAUUGUUGUUGAUUGUUGUAGGUGGCUGGCAAGUUUGGUACAUGCAUUCAUUCUUUAAAGCAAAGAAACUAAUUUGAAUCAAGCACGGGCUUUUAAUGCUUUAUUGGGAAAACUAAUCAGGUGUAGAUUGGAUCAGAUAUUCGACAAGCAGCGCGUACAAACACAUCCUUGGAUCGUGCCAUCGAGGUUUAUUUCAUCACCCAUCUUUUUUGUUAACAAUAACAUAGUCAGUUUGCUAUUUUU